CAUACAAAGUAAGGAGAAUCAGUGUGGGAGAGACAGUAGCAGACAGACACCUGUUCUCGUGAAGUGAAGGACACUAUUUUAGCAUGAUGUUCUGAUAAGGAAGCAAGAGAACUACAAACAAAUAAUGGGAAAACUAAUUCUGUGGAUUUAUGCUAUCUGCUGUAUCUUGGCUGCGGUUGAUCCUACUACUGCACAAACAACCACUACAGAAACUUCUUCAGAAGAUGAGACUACAGAAGAUUCAACAGAUGAUAUAUCAACAAGUCAUUAUAUCAGUAGUGAAAGUCCAACUACUGGAAGUACAGAUAGUGAAACAACUACAGUUAGCGCAACCUCCAGCGUACCUAAUGCAGAAACUUCAACUAGUGGUGACAUAUUUAGUACAAAUACCAGUCCAGCAGAGUUGACCACAAGCAGGGGUUCUGACAUAAUUACCAGUUCAACAGAAAAACCAUCCACAGCUAAUGAAACAUCUGAUGAAACUACCAGUGCAACAGAAGUUUCAGUUACAAGCUAUGGCACAUCUGGUACUAGCACAUCAGAGGAGAUGACAACACGGGAAACAUCUGACUUAACUACAACUAAAGAAUCAUCCGCAACUGAUAAUACCACAUAUGUAGGUACCAGAACGGAGGGGCCAGCUAUAACCAGUGACACAACUGACAUAACUACCAGCAUAGCACAAGUAGCUUCUACAGCUAGUGACACACCUGAUGUAAGUAGCAGCACAGUAGAGAAGCCAAAUACAACUGGUGACACAUCUGACAUAUCUACCCUCACUGCAGGAGUAUCAACCACAACCAGUGACACAUCUGACUUAACUGCCACAAGUGACUACACAUCUGUUACUUCCAGCUUAGUCAAUGAACCAACUACAUCUGCUGAUACAGCUGACAAGUCUUCCAGCACAGUAGAGAAGCCUUCUACAACUGGUGACACAUCUGACAUAUCUACCAUCACUGCAGGAGUAUCAACCACAACCAAUAACACAUCUGACUUAACUGCCACAAAUGACUACAUAUCUGUUACUUCCAGCUCAGUCAAUGAACCAACUACAUCUGCUGAUACAGCUGACAAGUCCUCCAGCACAGUAGAGAAACCUUCUACAACUGGUGACACAUCUGACAUAUCUACCAUCACUGCAGGAGUAUCAACCACAACCAGUGGCACAUCUGACUUAACUGCCACAAAUGACUACACAUCUGUUACUUCCAGCUCAGUCAAUGAACCAACUACAUCUGCUGAUACAGCUGACAAGUCUUCCAGCACAGUAGAGAAACCUUCUACAACUGGUGACACAUCUGACAUAUCUACCAUCACUGCAGGAGUAUCAACCACAACCAAUAACACAUCUGACUUAACUGCCACAAAUGACUACACAUCUGUUACUUCCAGCUCAGUCAAUGAACCAACUACAUCUGCUGAUACAGCUGACAAGUCUUCCAGCACAGUAGAGAAACCUUCUACAACUGGUGACACAUCUGACAUAUCUACCAUCACUGCAGGAGUAUCAACCACAACCAAUAACACAUCUGACUUAACUGCCACAAAUGACUACACAUCUGUUACUUCCAGCUCAGUCAAUGAACCAACUACAUCUGCUGAUACAGCUGACAAGUCUUCCAGCACAGUAGAGAAACCUUCUACAACUGGUGACACAUCUGACAUAUCUACCAUCACUGCAGGAGUAUCAACCACAACCAAUAACACAUCUGACUUAACUGCCACAAAUGACUACACAUCUGUUACUUCCAGCUCAGUCAAUGAACCAACUACAUCUGCUGAUACAGCUGACAAGUCUUCCAGCACAGUAGAGAAACCUUCUACAACUGGUGACACAUCUGACAUAUCUACCAUCACUGCAGGAGUAUCAACCACAACCAAUAACACAUCUGACAAACCUGCCACAAAUGACUACCCAUCUGUUACUUCCAGCUCAGUCAACGAACCAACUACAUCUGCUGAUACAGCUGACAAGUCCUCCAGCACAGUAGAGAAACCUUCUACAACUGGUGACACAUCUGACAUAUCUACCAUCACUGCAGGAGUAUCAACCACAACCAAUAACACAUCUGACUUAACUGCCACAAAUGACUACAUAUCUGUUACUUCCAGCUCAGUCAAUGAACCAACUACAUCUGCUGAUACAGCUGACAAGUCCUCCAGCACAGUAGAGAAACCUUCUACAACUGGUGACACAUCUGACAUACCUACCAUCACUGCAGGAGUAUCAACCACAACCAAUAACACAUCUGACUUAACUGCCACAAAUGACUACACAUCUGUUACUUCCAGCUCAGUCAAUGAACCAACUACAUCUGCUGAUACAGCUGACAAGUCUUCCAGCACAGUAGAGAAACCUUCUACAACUGGUGAAACAUCUGACAUAUCUACCAUCACUGCAGGAGUAUCAACCACAACCAAUAACACAUCUGACUUAACUGCCACAAAUGACUACACAUCUGUUACUUCCAGCUCAGUCAAUGAACCAACUACAUCUGCUGAUACAGCUGACAAGUCUUCCAGCACAGUAGAGAAACCUUCUACAACUGGUCACUUAACUGAGAUAACUUCCAGUAUGGCAACUGAAAUAGCUACAUCUUCAGGUACACCAAAAACACCUAUAGACACAACUGCUGAGAAAUCCCAGACCACUGAACAAAGCACAUUUGAUUCCAUCACUACUAAUGCAGUUGAGCAAAGCACAUCUAUUAAUCCUGAACCAAACACAACAGGAAAAAGUAGUACCCCUGAUAUAAUUCCUAGCACAAUACUAGAUAUAAGCCCAACUGACAGAGGAUCUACUGAUGGUUCUACAUCCAGUUUCAUUCCUGAGAUAAGCACAACAAAUAUUGUAAGAAGCAGUCCUGAUGUUAUCACUACUGUACCUGUAGACAUGGGCACAUCUGCAGCAUUGUCUACAAGGGAUGUCACUAGCAGUGUCAUAUCAGAAAUAAGCUCUACAAGAGAAAGUUCAACGGCUGAGAUAACCAGCACCACUGCAUUUGAAAUAAGUUCAGAUUCUGGGAGAACUGUUAUUCCUACAUCAAAUGGUCCAGUCACAAAUAUGCCGCUAGAACAAAGUACCACAGGGAGUAUAACCUCUGGCAGCAUCACUGCCACAUCUGAACCAGAACAAAGGACAACAGAAGAAAGAACAACGCCUUUUAUAACAACCAGCAUACCACAUGAACUCAGUACUACCGAAGAAAGGCCUACAACAGCUAAUAUCACCACAAAUGCUGACAUCAACACCAGUAGUAGUGAGGUAAAAACAACAGCAGAAAUACUUGUAACAACAUCACAAAGCACUGUUGAGCAGACCACUGGCAUGAUAAAUCCUACUACUCAGCCUGAAGUUAUCACCACUGGAACCAGAAUUACAGAGACAAUUAUUACAGGGGAGACCAGUGUUAGCGCUGGACCUCAGCUAACUACCACUAUGUCUGCAAUUGCAGUUACAAGUCAAGCUUCUCAAACCAGUACUUCUGAGGAAACAACAACUAAAUCUGAGCUUGAGUCCAGCACAUCUGGAACACCUUCUGCAGUUGUUACACUUACCAGCACACAAUCUCAGACAAGCACAACUGACAUCAUUACCGGUAGCACUUCUGUGCUGAGUUCGGCUCAAUCUACAACUGAAAAGACAGCAACCCCUGAAACCGUUAGUACAACUGAUCAGACUACUCCACAGGUUGUCGGUUCUGUAACUCAGAUCACCAGUACAUAUAGCCCUACCACUAUAAUCCCCACACACUCCACAGAAGAAACAACUACACCCACUACCACUAACCCUACUUCAACCAUAUUAUCCACCAGUACUAUAACCUCUGGACACACAAAUACAGUAACCUCUGUGGGCAUUAUAAAUCCUACUACUCAGCCUGCAGUUAUCACCACUGAAAACAGCACUACAGAGGCUAUUAUCACAGGGGCGACCAGUGUUAGCACUGUACCUCAGCUAACUACUACUAUGCCUGCAAUUGCAGUUACAAGUCAAACUCCUCAAACCAGUACUUCUGAAGAAAGAACAACUAAAUCUGAGCUUGAAACUAGCACACCUGGAACACCUUCUGCAGUUGUUACUCUCACCAGCACACAAUCUCAGACAAGCACAACUGGCAUCAUUACCGGUAGCACUUCUGAGUCAAGUUCAGCUCAAUCUGCAACUGAAAAGACAGCAACCCCUGAAACCUUUAGUACAACUGAUCAGAUUACUCCACAAGUUGUCAGUUCUACAACUCAGAUUACCAGUACAUAUAGUCAAGCAACCUCUACUACGACUACCAGUACAAUUAAACCUAUUUCAACCAUGUUAACUACUAGUACUACAGCCCCUGAAUACACAACUACAGUAACCUCUGUAGGGAUUAUAAAUCCAACGACUCAGCCUGCAGUUAUCACCACUGGUAACAUGCCUACAGAGGCUAUUAUCACAGGAGAGACCAGUGUUAGCACUGGACCUCAGCUAACUACUACUAGGUCUGCAAUUGCAGUUACAAGUCAAACUCCUCAAACCAGUACUUCUGAAGAAGGAACAACUAAAUCUGAGCUUGAGUCCAGUACACCUGGAACACCUUCUGCAGUUGUUACUCUCACCAGCACACAAUCUCAGACAAGCACAACUGGCAUCAUUAUCACUACCACUUCGGUGCCGAGGUCAGCUCAAUCUACAACUGAAAAGACAGAAAUUCCUGCAACCUUUAGUACAACUGAUCAGACUACUCCCCAGGUUAUCAGUUCUACAACAACUCAGAUUACCAGUACAUAUAGUCAAGCAACCUCUACUCCGACUACCAGUACUAUUAAACCUAUUUCAACCAUGUUAACCACUAGUACUACAGCCCCUGAAUACACAACUACAGUAACCUCUGUGGCAAUUAUAAAUCCUACGACUCAGCCUGCAGUUAUCACCACUGGUAACAUGCCUACAGAGGCUAUUAUCACUGGGGAGACCAGUGUUAGCACUGGACCUCAGCUAACUACUACUAGGUCUGCAAUUGCAGUUACAAGUCAAACUCCUCAAACCAGUACUUCUGAAGAAACAACAACUAAAUCUGAGCUUGAAUCCAGCACACCUGGAACACCUUCUGCAGUUGUUACUCUCACCAGCACACAAUCUCAGGCAAGCACAACUGGCAUCAUUAUCGGUAGCACUUCUGUGCCGAGUUCAGCUCAAUCUACAACUGAAAAGACAGCAACACCUGCAACCUUUAGUACAACUGAUCAGACUACUCCCCAGGUUGUCAGUUCUACAACAACUCAGAUCACCAGUACAAGAACAACUAAAUCUGAGCUUGAAUCCAGCACACCUGGAACACCUUCAGUUGUUACUCUCACCAGCACACCAUCUCAGACAAGAACAACUGACACCAUUACUAGUACUGCUUCUGUGCCGAGUUCAGCUCAAUCUACUCAAUCUCAAGCAAACACUACACCCACUACCAGUACUAUUAAACCUACUUCAACCAUAUUAACCACUGGUACUACAACCAGUGGAUACACAACUACACAAACCUCUGUGGGGAUUAUAAAUACUACUGUGACAACAUACACACCCAUGACAACCACCAAUGGACUCAUUUCUACUUUAGGCACUAGAUACACAAGUAUAUCUACAGCUUCUUUGCCUUUAAUAUCUACAUCACCCUGGAUAAAUUCCACAACUCUGGCCAUAACGACACAAGCAAUUAUUGUUUGCAACCUGCUAUGUACCAACGGUCAAUGCUACAUCAAUCCUGGAACUACAAAUCCUGUGUGCCGUUGUAACAGUGGCUUUAUACCAGACUCAUCACAGUUUGAUAGGAUGUGCACUGAUAUCGAUGAAUGUAGCAAAGAGCCAUGUGACCAGAUCUGCUCCAACACAAUUGGUUCAUACUCAUGCUCCUGUGAAGAUGGGUACUCUAAUAACCCAAGCAACACAGAUCAGUGCAUCAUGAAUGAUUAUUGUAAGAGCUCACCCUGUCUGAAUGGUCAGUGUCAUAAUACUCUGUAUAACUAUCUAUGCAUGUGCGAUGCUGGAUGGGAAGGAUCCAUGUGUAACACAGAUAUUAAUGAAUGUGUCAGAAACAAUCCCUGCAGCUCCCACGGCACUUGCAAUAACACCCUGGGCUCCUACACCUGCAAUUGCAUGUCUGGGUGGACUGGACCAUCAUGCACUACUGAUAUCAACGAGUGCCUUUCUAACCCAUGUGGCAGUUCUGGAAUUUGUUACAACACUAUAGGAAGCUAUGUAUGUUCCUGUAAUUCUGGAUUCACUGGGGUCAACUGUCAAACUAAUAUUAAUGAGUGUCUGAGCAAUCCCUGUACGAAUGGUGCCACAUGCCAUGAUCUCAUUAAUGCUUUCUCCUGUACCUGUGCUCCAGGUUUUACUGGCAGGUUCUGUGAAAUAAGUAUUAAUUUCUGCACCAGCACUACAUGCAAGAAUGGUGGCAUCUGCCAUAGUGUAAUAAAUGAUUUCUUGUGCUUUUGUCCAUCGAACUGGAAGGGGAAGGAGUGUAGCAAUGAUGUGAAUGAAUGUACAAAUGGGCAAAGCCGAUGCAGUCCUUAUGCCAGCUGUACUAAUACAAUUGGAUCAUAUUAUUGUACAUGCCAGUCUGGAUACAUUGGGGACGGAUUUACCUGCAGAGAGAACAGACUGUUUGAUUAUUCUGGUGGGUUCAGAGCAACCCGGCGCUCCAAAGAUUUUGCCUCUCCUAUAAUCAACGUUCCAAUGGGAUUUCCUUUUGGUGGCUCUUUUUACAGCUCAUUAUAUGUAAGUCAUACAUUUAUAUCUACAGUUAUAACAUCAGGGACAGCCUUACAAUUCUGUCAAAAUUAAG